GCUGGCGCGAGGCCGUGGGCGGCUGGGCGGGCGGGCGGAAAGGAUGUCCACCGAAGCGCCCCGCCCGCAACCCCGACCGCAGCCUCGCCAGCAGCGUGCGGGCGUCCGACCUUCUGCCCCCCUGGACAGCAAGCAGAGUCACCCCAAGUGCAGUCCAUUUGUGAACCCCGACAGCCCCACCUUCGGAGCAAGCCCAGGGCCUGAGCGCGUCCCACCACCCAGCUCCUGCUCUGUGCUCUCUUUCCCGCAUGUGUCCUUAGUGCACCCGCACAGCGCUCAGGGACCCUCAGAGGCUUCGGUCAGAUCCCAUGGCCCCGAGCUCAGGAGCGCUGCCCCUGCCUGCCUGGACUUGCCGGCCGGAACUCCCCAGGUUGGGCCUUGGGACCUGCUCUGCUUGCAAGUCUGCCCUGCACCUACUCCCACCUGCUCCCCACUCCCUGCUUCCUGGCCACCCUGUGGUGAGAAGCUCUCCUCCACCAUGCCUGUCUGCCAUGCCAUUUCUUCCUUGGAACCAGCCGACCACGGACUGAAUCUCCUGAAACUGAAACGAGAGUGGACUUCCUUAGCCUGAUAAAGGACAUCUGUAGAAAACCCACAGCAAAGGCCACGCUUACCUAUGCAAGACUUGCUGUCUCCGCCCUGCUGGAACCUCCACUCCCGCUGCACUCAACCCUGCACUCAACGAUGCCCUGGAGCCCAGAGACUGCAGUAGAGGAAGUGAGAGGUGGAGCCUUGGAGCAGGGACCCAGACCAUCAGGAAGUGAAUGUGCAAGUCUUGGUUUGUGUAUCUGUGGGUUCCUGCUGCUGCUGCUGCUCAGCAAUACACAGGGGAACUGUUGUGUAGAGGGAGGCUGAGACAGGAGGAUUACAAGUUUGAGGUCAGCCUGGGCAAGUUAGCAAGACCUCUAUCAAAAAUAAAAGAAAACAAAAAGGAAGGAUCUAGA